AUGGUGGUUUUAAGAAAUGUUUUGCUCACUCUGGGUACUGCGUCGGCUGCCGUUGCCGGUAACAGCAAUGAGGAAAAGCUGAAGACUUGUCUCAAGUACGCAUUGACUGACAGCGGCCGUGUUGCAUUCGCUGGAGACCCAUUCUAUCAAGUCGCUAAUGUGAAUCGCUACAACCUGAAUAUUCCUGUGACUCCUGCUGCUGUGACAUUCCCUACCUCUUCGCAUCAGGUCGCAGCGAUUGUCAAAUGUGCAUCAGAUAAUGGAUACCAUGUUCAGGCUAAGAGUGGUGGGCACAGCUAUGCCAAUUAUUGUCUCGGCGGAACGGACGGUGCCGUUGUCGUCGACCUCAAGAACCUGCAACAAUUCUCAAUGGACAACACGAACUGGCAAGCAACAAUAGGAGGUGGAACGCUACUUGGAGAUGUGACGCAGCGUCUGCACGAUGCUGGAGGGCGUGCAAUGUCCCACGGGACUUGUCCGCAAGUCGGCUCUGGUGGACACUUCACCAUCGGAGGUCUAGGACCAACAUCUCGACAGUUUGGGGCCGCCCUUGACCACAUUGUGGGGGUAGAAGUGGUACUCGCCAACUCAAGUAUUGUGCACGCAUCAGAAAGCGAGAACGCAGACGUGUUCUGGGCAAUUAAGGGCGCGGCCUCUGGCUUUGGUAUUGUUACCGAGUUCACCGUUCGCACUGAGCCUGAGCCCGGCACUGCCGUUAAAUACGAGUACACACUCAAGGUAGGGAGUACGCAAGAGAGAGCUAGUCUGUUCAAACAGUGGCAGGCAUAUAUUUCCAACCCGCAGCUUACGCGUAAGCUGGCAUCUACGCUUACCUUGUUGGAGGACACACUUAUAAUCACGGGAACGUUUUUCGGUACGGAAGAAGAGUACGAGGCUCUCGAUAUCGGAAGUCAGUUCCCAGGCGCCAAUGGUACUGCUAUUGUUUUCCAGGACUGGCUCGGUCUGGUAGGCGACUGGGCCGAAGAAGCCGCGUUAGAGCUGGGAGGAGGAGUCGCUUCCAAUUUCUAUUCCAAGUCUACAGCCUGGACACCGAAGAAUCUCAUGAGCAAUGAGACUAUCGACAGCCUCUUCGAGUAUAUUGAUACCGCGGACAAGGGAACACUGAUCUGGUUCCUGCUAUUCGACUUCCAGGGCGGAUAUACGAAUGAUAUCCCGACUGACGCGACUGCAUAUGCCCAUCGUGACGUCUUGCUCUGGUUGCAGUCUUACUCGAUUAAUCUUCUGGGCUCAGUCUCUCAGACUCAAAUUGAUUUCUUGGAUCGGGUUAACAAGCUGAUUACCCCCGAUGAUCAUCCAUAUGCUGCGUACCCGGGUUAUGUUGACCCUCUCAUGUCUAAUGGAGCCGAGGCGUACUGGGGCUCUAAUUUGGCUCGUCUGCAAAGGAUCAAAGGGGAUAUUGACCCGGAUAAUGUGUUCCGGAAUCCCCAGAGCCCGAUGCCUGCUUUGCGGUAG